ACAUGUCAGGGAGUCUUGAACGUACCUCUGGCGCGCGUUCUUCAAAUGCCUCAAUGGGGAAAAAGAGAAGGUUAAGGUUGACGUUAAAGCCCUAGUAUGUUUUAAAAAAUUAACCCAGAAUCUAACGACAGACAUUCAUUUUCGUGUCAGUAGUUUUGUUCAAUAAUAACACGUCAAUGAUUUCGAUAUGGGGAGGUGAGUUUGGCCAUAAAAUUUGGAGGACCCAGGCCAAGAAGAUGAGAAGAAAACGUAUUCGUCAAAAGCUGGCUCAAGAACGAGAUGAAGCCAUCAAGAAAGAGCUGGAGAUUAAAAACAAAUGUCCAAGAUACCAAGCAUGGUUAUCGGAACAGAGGGCCUUGGAAAUUUUUGCUGAGGAAGAAGAAGCUCGACUUGCAGCAGAGCGACAUGCAGCUUGGGUUGAAGAGGAAGAGCGUGCUCAGAAAGCAUGGAAAGAACGACAAGACCGCCUUGCUGUGGCACGUGCAGAGAGAGCCAAACAGGAGUUACGUAUUAAAGAAGAGUGGGAAGAAGAACAGCGUAAAAUAAAAGCUGCGGCGGAGGAGCAGGAAAAAAUAGCAGAGAAGAAGAAACAGCAACAGGAAAAAUUAAUGAGACAGAUUGAAAACUUCAUAAACAAGGGUUGUGACAUGCCUCCUGAAGUAAAUGUGGCAUCUAUGACAAAUCCUGAUAAGCCAGCAUGUCCAUUUUUUUCAAAGACUGGCGCUUGCAGGUUUGCUGACCGAUGUUCAAGGAAUCACACAAGGCCUGCCAUUAGCAGAGUAUUGCUUGUGCCUAAUUUUUAUGAUCACAUCGGGCUACGCCAAAUGAACCCGGAUGAAUUGGAGGCUGCAGAUGAUUGGUUGGAAUAUGAAGAUUCAGAAACUUAUCAUCACUUUCUAGAUUUUUAUGAGGAUGUCCUGCCAGAGUGGGAGCGAGUUGGGCAAAUUUCACAGUUUAAAGUCUGUUGUAAUUUUGAACCUCAUCUUCGGGGAAAUGUUUACAUAGAAUAUGAUAGUGCUCAAGAUGCAGUAAAAGCUUUUAAAAUGUUCCAUGGACGUUUUUAUGGUGGAAAACAAAUAAAUGUUGAGUUUGUAACUAUUGAUAGCUGGAAGGCUGCAAUAUGUGGUCAGUUUCACAAAAACUGUUGUCCUAAAGGAAGGGCUUGUAACUUCCUUCACGUCUUUCGUAAUCCAAGGAAUGCAUUUUAUGCUGCUGAUCGUGAUCAACAAGAGUGGCGCCGCUCACUUAAUAAUGUUCAUAAAUCUUCCCCACGAAGAGGUCAGGCAAGGUCUUGGUCUGGUAGUCCAGAAAACAGUCGGGGAGAUUGGCGAUGGUCAGCCUCACCUUCUCCACCAUCAGAGGAGCAGAAACCUGAUAGUAAGCGGUCUCAUCACAGUGGGAAGAAUAGUUCCCAUAGGAUUCGGACUAAAAGGAGGAGAGAGGGCAGCAGUGAAAGCCAUGGAAGGUCCCGAGCCAAAGUGAAAAGAUAUGAUAGAAACAGUGGAAGGCAUAGCCCCAGGAGAAAUUAUACUGAAUCCUCAAUACAUGAAGUGGCUUCAAGGAGGGACUCUAGCUCAAGCAUUAGCUUAUCAAAAUCAUCAGAUUCAAAACUCAGUGAACAAAGGGUUGAUGGUUGUGUAAAUGAGGAAGCAAACUGUGAUAAAAGUAAUCAGAGUGUAGCAGACAGCAAGCACAUUAGCUAUGAAACAGAAAGUGAUCAGGACAGCAAUCCUAAGUCAAGAACCAAAGUUAAAAAGGCCAAGAAGAAGAAGGAUUCUCACAGAAAAGAAAAACGAAGGAAAAAAAGGCAUUACAGAUCAGGCUCAGAAUCAUCAGAUUGAAAAAUGUCAUUUUAUUUUGAUCAUUAAUUGAAAAACAAAUUUCUGUUCAGCUAUUAUUUUUAUUUAAAAAAUUGAAGUAUAAAACAUUUAUAAAUUGGA